AAUGGCGGCUUAACAACGAUGUAAACAAUCAAUUCAAUGGCUAACUUUCUUUUUAAGUUUGAGAUUUAAUUAUUUAGACUUGCUUACUGGUAGACACCUUUCAACCAAAGAAACUGUCUCUUUAAAAUGUCGUCAUACAUUAGAAGGCAGACGUAUAUGUUACCUGAGUCUGGCCCAACUAGUGGCAUAGAUCAGCAAAAUUUGAUGCGGCUGAAGGUCAAUAAAAUAGCUCUCAUACAGGAGCUGAGUGUGGAGCAUGUGACGGGUCCACUGCUGGCUGGAGGCGUCCUUGAAGAGAAGGAUCUCAAUCAAAUAGAAAGUCAUAAGACUGCUCAGGAGAAAGCAAGAACUUUAGUGGAAAUUCUACCUACCAAAGAUAAACAUUCAGAAUGGUACAAAACGUUUAGAGGAGCUCUUCUUAAUCCAGAGUCAAGCCCUGAAACUAAAAAGCGAUAUAAACAUCUGGUUGAUUUCCUUGAUAAUACCGUCAUCCAUCGACCAAGCUCCCAAGCUGGUAGAUUUAGAGAGAGCCGAGUGCCUGGUUUACCACACUACCCAGCUCUUCCAGGCAUCCACCAGAAUAGAGAGGAGAAAGAGAAUAGUGCCAACAGAGAUGGUGCCCCGGGAUGGCUUGUUCCUAACGACAGUCUUCAGAGGCCAUCAAACAUGACACUGGUUCAAGGAUAUUUUCAUCAAUGGCUUCCAACACCAGAUGACUUUAACUCAGUUAUUGAGAUAUCUUCAACUCACUUGAAAAAACUGGCAGAGUCAAUUCUCCCAGAAGAUAAAAAGCUGUUGGAAAAUGAAAAAGUUGUGGUGAAAAAGCUGCAACGUUUAGAAGUAAUUGAAAGUGCAUCAAUGAGAAAACUUCUGCCUUCUGGCUUUGAGUUAUGCAUGGCUGAUGUUGUUCAGGACAUCUUAAAUGAACCAGAUUUGUACCAUUUGUAUAUGAAAUAUCUGGCCACACUUGAAGCAGCAGACAUCAGGUUGGUCAAGGACUUGCUUUCAUCUUACCAGUCAGUUGUGCUUGUACUCAACAGCAUGACCUCCGCAAACACCAUAACUCAGAUCACCCAAACUGGUUUGAAGCUGUCCAAGUUUUUGAUUGCUUGUAACAGAUAUGAUGCUGCAGAUGCUGUCCUGGUUGGAGCCAUCAACUUCCUGAAACAAAGCCCAAGCCUGGAAAACUGGAUCCCUCGUCACCAGGCUUAUGUCAACCUCAUGCACGCCCGCAAUAUGGCCUACAGAUUGGAUCAGGCUCAGGACGCUUACUUUGAUGCAGUUCAACUGCAGUUUCAAAUCAAUAUGACGUCGUUUGGUCAGACAAUUGUGCAUGAAGGUGCACUGCAUACUGAGACCAGUCACAUGUUGUUGGAGUACGGCUCUAUUGUAUCGGCUCAUGGAUGGGCCAGGAGAGCUCUCAAGGAAGUAGAUCCAGAAGAGCCUGCAGCAGUGGUGAGGGCACUUUGUGUGGCUGUCGACUCCUACUGUGCUCAAUGGCUGGUCAAGAAGGCUGAACUCAUUGCUGUCUACCUUGUCCAAUAUGCCAGAUACAACUUUGGAGAAAGACACCCUUUAUUUAUUGAAGCCUUACUUCAUUUCUGUCAUUUUAAUAAUGAAUGCAAGCAGGAUGAGGCUGGAGUUAAUGCUGCCCAGGAUGUGCUAGAAGCUGCUUGGAAAACAUAUGGUUGUGAAUGUCUUCAUGUGGCACUAGGUCACAGAGCUUACAGCCAAGCUCUAAUGUGCAGACACCAGUUUGACACUGAGGACUACUACACACAUGCUAUAGAGGCUGUGAGAAUUGCUCGCUCAGUGUUGGGUCAACACUCUCCACAGCUGCAUUUGUUUCUUCACACACUAGCCUCAGCACUCCAAUGGAAAUCCUUGCACUGUCCAAAAGAAAUGUUUGACUCAACUCUCUUAUGGGCUGAAGCUGAAGCGAAACAAGGUCUAGCUCUUGUCACUGCAGCAUUUGGAGAAAUUAGCUUAAAGUCUGCCCAGUUUUUGCUUCUGCUAGGGCAGAUUUACUCUAAAAUGAACAGCCACCCUACAAUCAAGGAAGAUUUGCUAGAAUUGUCAGCGAACUCCAUGACUCAGGCAGUUGAUUAUCUCAAACUUUGCCAGCCAGCCUCUAGUCAUGACUUGUUAAUGGGGAUGGCAAGUCUUGGAACUUUCUACCAAGUAACACAAAAACCUGAAUUGGCCGUACCGAGGCUCAAGUAUGUUGUUGAACAUUCAGAAUCAAUUAGAUGGUACCAGAACUGGUUGCAUGAAAGUUUCCAGUCACUUCUCUCACUGUACAGGGCAUCGGGAGAAGAUAAGGAUGCAGAUCUGGUGCAAGUCAAGCUGGGUCAAUGGCUGAAACUACAUCCAAAGAACAAUGAAAAGAUGGACUACAGUGUGCUUCAAAUCAAACCCACAUCUUUUCAGUUAUUUCUGAGCAAGGCAGACAUCUGGGGGUCGGUCUUUCAGAAAGCAAUGAGUCUCCCAGCUCAGGUGACCAGUCCAAACAACGUUACGUACCUUUAGUUGUCAACUAUGUUUGGUAACCACUUAAGCUUUACUCGUUCAGGAGGUGAUGAUAUUUUCAACUAGAUUUCUCCUUUGAUAUUUAAAACAUUUACUUGUGAAAGAAGGAAGGCCCAAGUUUAUCAAAUGAGAAGUUGAACUAAAAUGAUCAGUUGGGACAGCAUCUUGAAUGACAGCACAUUUUAAUUCAAAUGAUCAGUUCGGACAGAUAAGAGCAAACACCAAACUUGAACUAUUGUGGGUCAGUUAAGUGGUACAAAGAAAAUCUUGUAUUCACUCAGGAGACUUGAUGCGUGUAUUUAAUCCACAUUUAGUCCAAUUAUAUUCAAACUGAAAUGGGCCUGUAUACAUUAUGUUUUACUUUAGCGUGAUGCUCUUUGAAUAUAAUUAGUUAUUCUGUAUAUUAUUUAUUUUUACAAGACUUAUUUAACUGACUUCCUCGUCAGUCUGUCUGUCUAGAUUGAAACGCUCGAGCGAAAAUUCUGACACUUCUAACUGACAGAUACGGUUCGUAAUUGGUACGUGGGUCAAGACAUGAAGACAAUGCAAUCUAAAAUUAAAUUUGACUUAAUUGGAUGCCUAAUUAUUUUUUUAUGAAUUAAUUAAAAUUUUGACCAAAUUAGUAGGCAUUUCUAUCCAACCACACCACACGCGUCAUCACUUUCAAUAGCGCGUCAUCGCGUUCAAUAGGCGCGCAAUGGUUUUUAGUCAUGAAACUAUUUUAAAUAAAAACAUGUAAAGUACAAAUUUUUUUUCAUAAAAAUCGUUUUAAUAACAAGCUUUUAUGUACUAAUGCACUAAAAAGUAGAAAAUAAAUUAUAGACUACUAUUUAAAUAACUAUAAAGAAAAGCGUGGGUCACUUUAGAAUCUAUUGGAUACCUUUACUAAUGUUUAGGAAGAGACCCUCGCUUUUUUAAAAUAGUUAUUUAAAUAGUAGUCUAUAAUUUAUUUUCUACUUUUUAGUGCAUUAGUACAUAAAAGCUUGUUAUUAAAACGUUUUUUAUGAAAAGCAAAUUUUAAUAGUUAAUUUUUAAAUGAAAUAAAGAAUGUUUUAAUAAUGCUGUGAUCUUUAUUGCACAAUAAUUAUAGAAUGUUGAAACAUUUAAA